UUGGUUAUGGGCGAUGGUCGCGAUGGCUUUUUCUUACUGGACAGAAUUAUAGAGUUCAAAGAUCAAAAGAUUUGGGAAACGCAUUUGUAGCAAUUAGUUCAAGGAUGUCUUUGGAUCUUAAAGAUGACGAUAACGUCAUCAACAGGAUCACUAAUGGGUUCAAACCAAAGGAUCAAGAACUUUCACAAUUGGAUAAACUAGAAAUAGAGAAACACCAAAUCAUACAGAAACAAGGGAAGCUAUUCCUCGAAGAAUUGUUCAGAAACAAUAGCACCAGACCCAUCCACGUGUCCAAAGUGCAAAUCGAAGGCACAGAACAGUUUAGAGACUCUUUUUUAACUGCCCAAAUAUUACCAUUCAUUAAUGAUUCACAAAAUUUAACAAAAUUAUUAACCAAUGUGGAUAAAGUUAGUUCAAAUUUCUUCAAGACUUCCACUAUAGAUAACUUUGCCAUAAACUUAACCACACCACCUUAUCGUUCCUCGUCACAUAUUCCUGAAAAUGCUAUAGAAAUCAUACCACAUAUCAAAUUAUUCCCAGUAAAGAAAUUCAUGGCCAAGACUGGUACAAAUAUAGGAAAUGGUGAAGGUGAUGGAUACAUGACUUUCCAAUUCAAAAAUAUAUUUGGAGGUGGUGAAAAUGUGAUAUUUGAUGCUACAACGGGGACAAGAACAAGAUCAUCAUAUCUAUUGAAUUAUUCCUCACCUUUUUUCAAUAAUGCAAAUUGGAAAAGUGAUAACUCUUUAUUCAUAACAAGUCGUAAAAUAGAUUGGUCCUCGCAUGAACAGUUGAUUAAAGGGUUGAAUAAUAAAUUGGUUUCUAUAAAUUUGGGUAAUGAAAGUCAAAUAAACCACGAGUUUUCAGUGGAGAAUAUCCUAAGAAGUAUAACUAAUGUUUCUCCAUUGGCUUCAAAUAAUGUUUUAUACCAUGCUGGUGAUGAUUUUAAAACAAGUUUGAUCUAUAAAUUUGGGUUCGAUUCAAGAAAUGAUAGAACUUUACCUACAAGAGGUGCUUAUUUUUCAUUGAUUAAUGAAAUUUCAGGUAUUUUCCCUAAAUUCAACACUAGUAAAUUUUUAAAACAAUCUUUUGAAUCAGCAUAUGCAACAAAUUUUAAUGAUGGUGAUCAAAUCUUGAACAUAUCAUUCAGAGGUGGUUGGUUAUACAGUUUCAAAAACACAACACACCUAAUGGAUAGAUUUUAUCUUGGUGGUCCAAAUGAUGUUCGUGGGUUUUUCUUCAAUGGAUUAGGUCCAAGAAAUUUUAAUGACACUUUAGGUGGUGAUGUUUUCCUAAGUGGUGGUAUCAGUUUAUUCAAUAGGAUCCCAUUUGUCAGUAAAGAAUCAAAUUUCAAACUGCAUUCAUUUGUAAAUUUUGGAAGAUUAAUACCUUUGGAUAAGAAUGAACAUAUAAGUCAUACUGUUAAGGAAUUAUUAUCAGAACCUUCAAUCGGUGCAGGUUUUGGUUUAGUUUUCAAACAUCCAGUUGCAAGAUUUGAAUUAAACUUUGUGUUGCCUGUUACUGCUCAUGAAAAUGAUUCUUCAAGAAAAGGAUUACAAUAUGGUAUAGGGUUGACAUUCAUGUAA